GAAACAAACAAUCCAUCGGGAAUCUUUGUCAAUUCUUCGCUUAGGAACAUCAAGUGUAUACAGUAUGAUGAUGAUGAACGAUUCAAUCAGGAAAGAGUAUAAAAUGGGGAAGGAGAGGCAGCGAUGACAUCUCUUUCCAUUCUACCACACAUAUCUCGAUUUACCGGAAUGCAUCUUUCGUUUGUUGCCCUCAUCUCUUCCUUAAUCUUGAGCACAUCUGUGCUAACGGCCCCAUUACAAAAACGAGAUGAUCCAUUGGUAGGCUAUCUCGCUACACACUUCAUUAGCAAUGAUGAAGCAAUCUAUCAGCACAUAUCUAAUGGCAACAACCCUCUGUCUUUCUCUGCUUUAAAUGGAGGAAAUGCAGUCUUACGUUCAACUGUCGGAACAGAAGGAGCACGAGAUCCAUAUCUGGUAUCCUCUCCCGAUAAUAGCAACUACUGGACAAUCGGUACAGAUCUACAAAUCGGUAAAACAAAUUGGGGAGAAGCUGUUCGACAUGGAAGUCGUUCGAUUGUGGUAUGGCAUAGUACAGAUUUGGUGAACUGGGGUACGAAUUAUCUUGUUGAAGUAGAGGAUCCGACUGCGGGAAUGGUUUGGGCACCUUCUGCAAUUUAUGAUGAAUCAUCGCAAAAGUAUCAUGUAUUUUGGGCUUCUCAACUCUUUGCUUCCGAUGAUCCAAAUCAUGAUGGAAAUCCGGUCACCGAACAUGUUAUCCGUACAGCAUCUACAACCGAUUUUAAGACCUUUACCAAUCCAGAAACUUACUUGCAAACUCCCGGAUAUGCAGUCAUCGAUCAAGAAUUCCAAAAGAUCGAUGGUGAAGAUAACUCUUUCGCACGUUUCAUCAAAAAUGAAACAAACUCUCGCGUUUAUCAAGAAAUUUCUACAGAUGGCAUCUUUGGUACUUGGACCCGAAUUGGAGGAGCAGAAGGAUAUGUGACCGAUCAAGGCAGAGAAGGACCUGCUUCUUUCCGCGAUAACCAGGAUUCAUCAAAGUAUCAUCUAUGGCUUGACAAUUAUGGUUAUCAAGGUGGAGGUCGUUAUGAACCUUAUUCUACCUCAAACAUUAAGCAAGGUGGUUAUACAGCAGACAGCAUGGACCUCUUCCCGACCAACUUACGACAUGGAUCUGUUAUUCCUGUCACCCAGUCGCAAUACGAUGCUCUUCGUGCAAAGAUUUGAUUAAAGAUUGAAAUAAUGUAAUAAAUCUCUUGCGUAUGCUCCUGAUCUAAAAUGCCUAGAUUCUAUUGAAGCU